AUGGCUGUCGAUUGGACGAGUAAGGUGAAGAUUUGCUGCUGUGGAGGUCUCUUGCCUCUCUUCCAGCACCUAUCUAGUCAGGACCCUGAUGUCGUCACAAACUCACUGCACGUCGUUGCUCUCAUGCUCCAGGAUUACGACGUAAAGAAAUCCUUGUACGCUUGCAACACGCUGAUGAACAUUUGCCCGUUCCUCCAUUCAAAGUUUGUCUUCCAACAAAAUGGAUGUGAAAUACAAUCGAAACUUAUAGAAUAUGCCAAAAAUUCAAGUAAAAGCAAGGAGUUAAUUCCUUACGCUGUCGACGUUUUGUCAAAAAGCCUACACGUACAAUCUGCUGUUCAGCGGUUUGUUGAAUUGGGUGGCUUGGAUUUACUGGAAACCUGUUUGAAAGAAGAUGCAACAACUGCAGCAGCAGCAAGCAACGAGGUCUUGCCGACUGAGGAGACGAGCAAGAAAGGGAAAAAAGAAAAACUGCCACCUGUUGCGCCUAAGAAUAUUAAAAAGCAGAAAGAAGAAGAAGUUCCGGUGGAAAUUGUCGACAAAAGAGAUAAUGUAUUUAUUGAGUGCACACUGAUUCAAAGCACUGCGAAGUGUUUGUCCUCAAUCGUCUUGCAAGCUGAUAUGUUCAGAUUGUGGCACAGCAGAAAUAUGGAAACAUUGGUAAUCAAUCAUCUACAGAAUGUUGAAACUGCCCAUGCACCGACACAAGCUGCUCUCAUUGAAAUUUUGGCCCUCAUGUGUCUCUACGAAAUGAGCUUGAGAGUGAUUGAAAAAGCAGAAAGAAAUGGCGUCUCAAAGUUGGUUGAAAUUUUGAAAAUUUCAAAAGACGAGCAAUCGUUGUACAACGCUGCAUGUUGUGUCUGCAACUUAUCUUGCGUUGUCGAGUCAAGACAGGAGCUGAUCAGAUUGGAUGUUGUUCCCCGUUUGGUUGAUAUUCUUUUUAGUCAGUGCAUUGUGAACAGUUCGGCGCCUGCAUCAAAAGAAGCUGUAGCUGUUAUGAAGGAAUCUGAACAAUCCGGCGAAAACUAUAAACUGUCCUUCACAGACUCAGCUUAUUUGGUCGGAGAAGUCAUAUUGGCCCUUUCCUUAUUAACUGUUGAUCAGCAGGCCAGACAACAAUUUCUGAAUUCCGGGAGGCUGGUGAAUAUUUUGAGCAUGCUGCAUUCGUACGACGGACGUCUUCAACGACGUGCCUCCAUCUUCGUCUGGAGGCUCGCUCACCACGAAAACAUCGCCAAAGAAAUAAUUCUAAAUCGCGGUUUACAUUCACUGUUUGCGAUCGAUCAAUCGUUGAAACGACGCAAUGCCUACAACAAGUUAGCUCUUGAUCAACUUUUCAAACAUAACUUGGUCGUCAAGUUUGCUUACACUGGAGUUCUUGAUUACAAAGAUAGAAUAGCAGACGGUUUUUACGAUCCUGGUCAGAUGAAGCCAUGCACGUUCGAAUGUUUCAAAUCACUCGAGCAGCACCAGAAUGAAGAUUUCCAAUUAUUUGACAACACUUACAGACUGACGAACAGUCAAACAUUGGUUGCUGGCGAUGCAGACCAAACAAAAAAGUCGAGACUGUCUUCAUCACCCACCAAGAACAAAACAAACAAAAAGCAGACGACGACCGCAUCCAAGCAGCAACAGCAGCAAACAUCGAAGAUCAACAACACCAAUGAUGACUUGGAGCUAAAGGAUGACACUACGAGUCUCAGCAACGCAUCUCACUCCUCUUCCGAUCAUAACAAACCAACCGUCAUUUUCGAAGAUUUUGAACUGCAAGAAUUUAUUGAAAAAUGCAAGGCUGAAGUUCUAGCAUUGCAAACGACCAAACAUCAAAUUGUUCAAUUGGCAAAGUUGGUGUCGGCGCGCAUGGGCGGUCAGAUGAUGAAGCAACACGUGAAGGACUUCCAGUGGGCCGAACACAUGGACCAGCUUAAGAAGCAACUCAACAGUAAUCUGCUGCCACUUGGAAAGAUCAUGUAUGGAAUCAACCAUCAUCGUGCACUUCUCUUCAAGGCGAAAAUAAAUACUCAACUUGAUCAGGUGAUAGCUGAUCGUCUGAACAUACAGUGCAAGUUGGAGAGGAGGGAUUACAACCUCAGCUACGUCGAGGGGCGAUGUGUGAGGACGGAACAACUAAGGAACGUGAAAUACCUGGUCGACCUGAUGCACCAGCCAGGUCACCUCAUGACAUCUGGCUCAUCUCAAGCUCUUGCCUACUCCAGCAUUUAA